GGAUGCACUGUGACCAGGUACUGAGAUAACACUGCGAUCGAAAUCCCUCAGCACGUUUGGAGCUGUCUCAUUCUCCUGGGGCAAUCCCUUACGGGAGUAAGUAAUGUGGUACAGCUGAUGAAGAGAGGAACAGUAAAAUAUGUCCACUAGAGUUUAAUCAUCAACGGUAAUCCUACUGCGUACGCCUACGGUGGAUACCCUUGAGAUUUCUCCGAUACGGAUGAUGAUAAGAUAUGUCUGGACUCUAGAGUAUAUAAUAUCCAUUUGUGUCGCGAAGUUGUGAUUCUCAGCUGUGCGAUUGUUCUGGUUAACGCAAAUUUAACUCUGAUAUUAAUUCAUGUGUUUGGGUUGUGUUUGGGGGAACGCUUGUGAAUUGUCAUUGAUGUGAUAUCUCCUGGGAUGACGCCACCAGGUAAUAGUAGUCCGGGUCAUGUCCAUCAUCAUGGAUCGCAUCAUCAUGGACCACAUCAUCAUGGACCACAUCAUCAUGGACCACAUCAUCAUGGACCUCACCAUGCACCACAUUACCAUGGACUACAUCAUCAUGGGCCACAUUAUCAUGGACCACAUCAUCAUGGACCUCACCAUGCACCACACUACCAUGGACUACAUCAUCAUGGGCCACAUUAUCAUGGACCACACCACCAUGGACCACCACAUUAUGGUCUACCACCUCUUGCUGCUCCGGGACCACCUCGACCACCACAAUAUGGGCCACCAUAUCAACUUCCUCCUCCAGGUCCUGUCCACCAUUACGAAGCCAACUCCCAUCACCAGCUAUGAUACUGCACCGGUAGACUCAUAACUCCCACAGCUCUGAAUAACUAUUGUCAGCAAUAAUUUAAUUCUCUUAUUUCCGCUCAAUCGCAGCGAAACGAUCCAACAUGUAAUCCAGCAUUAAUCUUAUCACCUCAAAAAUAGAUAAGCCCACCGCGAUAAGACAUCCGCAGAUUGUCCUUCAUCCGCUAAUAUUUCACAGAGCAUAAGUAUUAAAUUACAGGAGCUUGAUUCAUCAUCCUAAAGAGUUGAUGACGUACGUGCACUACAAAAACGGCACCAACUCCAGGGUUACAGAGUUAAUUGAAAAAAUAAGGAAUCAUUUCGCUAAUGAUUAAGCAGUGUAUUUAGUGAGCAGUAAAUCUUCUACACAGCUACAGGUGAAUCAGGUUGAGUAGCAGCUACGUAACAUGAACGUGCCUCAUGGAAAAAUAUUUAUAAAAUAAUUGGCUCCCGUUUCCAUAGUAACAUGCAUUUGGCCAUUAGAAUUCAUUCAAAUAUGAGUGAAAAAUGACUAAAAUCACGAUGAGAAAAACGAUUCCGGGUAAUUUGAUUGCAAUGGCGUAUCUGGGUGUCGUAAUGAGUUAUAAGGGGUAGGAGCGUUGAUGGACUCGACUAUCAUAAUUUAACACACACCACCUGCGUAAUAGAGAAUCUCUUCUCUUCCUUAUGGUCAGCAUAUGCUUGUAUAUCCGUAUGGACUCUGAGAUGCUCUCGCAGUCCAACCAUUUCUGUGUGCAAUGAUGAUUCUCACUUCGAAGGUUGUACGCUUACAAUUGCCAAGUACCUUUACCGAGUCAUCUUUAUGUGAAGAGUACCUUGAAAAAGUAACAAGUCAAGGCAAAGAUGAGUGUAGUACUUCUUGUUCUCUGGAAUUCUUUGGAGCAUCAAUCCUCUUUCUCGUCAAUGGCGGCUUUAACGAAUGAAGAUUGAAGAUUACUGUCAUUGUGAGGGUCCUGACGUUUCAUUAUGUCAAUCAAAAUGUUGGCUCGAAUUACUUUUAUGGAUGAAAAUCUGGGGAGUAAUUGGAGCGGUUCGUUGCCAGCCUUUCUUCCGGACAUUCAGGCUUUCAUCCUAUUGAUUACUUCCACUAAUAAGCAGUUGCUUGCACUAUUGGUAAUACCCGUGAAUAUUAAUCGGCAAAAUAUUGUGCAUGAAAAAUGGUAUUCUAUAAAAUAUUAUUAAUAUUGUUAGAAUAUCAAGUUAAAAUUCAUAGAAAUAUAUUGAACUGAUUUAUGAUGAUUACAAAAAUGAAUCGAUAUGGAGAGCUCCACGGAGUCGCCUCAGAGUUUGUAUAAACAUAAACAAUGGUUUCACAAGAAACCAUUGGAGAGUUCUUCCUUUAAUGACGAAUGUUCUUAUGGUCUUUGUGGCUAGUAUUUAGUCUCUUGGAAAUAUUGAUAGAGUUCAGACGGUAUUCUGCCUCGUGCGAUUUUAAUAAAGAAAAAGUGAUUAGUGUUUA